UUGCUCGUCCCCGAUAAUUGUCCGAUUUUCUUCUUUUUAUUUAUUUAUUUAAGGUUAGUCAAAACUCAAACAUUAUAGAUGAAUCCUCAAACUGUUAUCCCAGUUCCAGCAAACUUCAUCCGACAUCGAUUCCCCAUCAAAUGGCAGAAGCAAAAAAAAGGUACGCAGUUGUGACAGGUGCAAACAAAGGCAUAGGAUUGGGAGUUGUGGAGCAGUUAGCAUUAGAUGGAAUCACUGUUGUCCUAACUGCCAGAGAUGAGAAGAGGGGUCUUGAAGCUGUCGAGAAACUCAAGGAGUCUGCAGGCCUAGCAGAAGGUCAAGUGGUUUUUCAUCAACUUGAUGUGACUAAACCUGCAACAAUUGCUCCUUUGGCAGAAUUCAUCAAAACCCAGUUCGGAAAACUCGAUAUCUUGGUGAACAACGCAGGGAUCGGUGGAGCAAUAGUGGAUGCUGAUGCUUUCAGGGCUUCAAUAGUUUCGGGUGCUGCGGAAGGAGGAACAGUUGAUUCGAAUAAAGUAAUGACUCAAACGUAUGAGUUAGCGGAAGAAUGCUUGCAAACAAACUAUUAUGGUGCUAAAAGAACAGCUGAAGCGCUUAUUCCACUCCUCCAGUUAUCUGAUUCACCAAAAGUUAUUAACGUUUCAUCUUCUUUGGGAAAGUUAAACUGCAUACGAAAUGAUUGGGUUAAAGGAGUUUUCAGUGAUGCUGAAAACCUCACAGAAGAGAGAGUAGAUGAGGUGUUGACUGAGUUUCUAAAAGACUUCAAGGAAGGCUCACUUGAAAGCAAAGGUUGGCCUUCUUUUAUGUCUGCCUAUACACUUUCUAAGGCAGCAUUGAAUGCAUAUACAAGGCUUCUGGCCAAGAAGUACCCCAAUCUUUGUGUCAAUUCGGUCUGCCCUGGCUUUGUCAAAACAGAUAUUAACUUCAAUGCCGGCAUCUUGCCUGUUGAAGAAGGUGCUGCAAGGGUUGUGAAGUUAGCAUUGCUGCCCAAUGAUUGCCCUUCUGGUUCCUUCUUUGCUCAUUUUAAGGUGACAGAUUUUUAAUUGAAGAUGACCGACUUAAGCAGAAGUUGCAGAGGCAUGUUAUGUAUUUGGGCAGCAUCUUCAACUUUUUAUAUGUAUAUUGGAGUAUGAUAGCAUCAUAACUCUGUCAAACUCUUCCAGCAUCUGACAGAAAUUGAAGAAUCUAAUACUAAUACUAUUGUUAGUAUUUCGACA